AUGGCAACUGCAGUUCGAGGGUGUGUAUUUUGUAGUAUUAUACAUGGUCAACGUGACAAGCAUUUGAAAUCAUCUGAUAAUGCGGUGGUAAUUCAAGAUAGAUCACCACAUGCACCACAUCACUAUCUAAUACUCAGCAAACUGCAUAUCAAUCAAGCAAGUGAUUUAACAGUUGUUGAUCUUCCCCUUGUAAAAGAAAUGGAUCAUCUUGGACGAGAUUAUUUGCGCGAAACACUGAAGGAGAAGGGUGAAGCUGAUACUGUGGAAGGUUUGCUACGAAUGGGCUUUCACUGGUCAAUAUUUGUUACUGUGCGCCAUCUUCAUAUGCAUCUGCUGUAUCCGACGAGAGAGAUGAAUUUCAUAUAUCGGUCGAUAAUAUUUCGAUCGGGACGAUUUUUCCGCACAACAAAAAAUAUUAUCGAUAAUCUGGAAAAGAAAAAAAGUGCUGAUGGUCGAUUAGAUCGAAAAAAGGAGGUGAAGAGUACUCCUGCCGCAACUGGUCAAAAUGAUUUACCAGAUACAACGUAA